GGUGUGCUUGUGUGGACCCUCCAAUCGCGCGUCACAUCUGAUCGUCCUGCAGUUUGCUGUUCCCACUACGUGUGGUUCCAGAUAUCCAGCCUAUGCGCACAGAACGCCCCCGUGUAAUAGGAUAUGGGCUGAAACGAAUUCGUUUUCGAAGAUGGUUGUGAAAUAUGUUAGUUAUAUUGUAUUUGGGGAAUGUGGAAAGUGGACUUGGACAUCCCACAGUCCGAUGACGUUAAAGGAUUGAGUGUUCACACUAUAAGCCUCAUUGAAUAUUGGUCCUUAUAUGUAGCUGGGGAAUUUUCUCUAAUCAGACGAGGCGACAGUCUAGGUAACCGGGAUCGGUUGCUAUGAUGUACAGUUCUGUUGGUUGAGUGAGACCUCACAUUACAAGUGUCUACUCGGGUACGGCUUCCAUUUAAUAUAUGUGAAUGCACACGACUGUGCUGUGCAGCACUUGCGUGGUUGUGACCUGGGUGAGUAACCUCUGCUCUUUCUUCCUAGGGCAAUGGGUAGGAGUUCAAAAAAGUGGAACUACGUGCUGCAUUCCAGGAUGCCACCACAACAACAUGUGCAAUAGGAACGUAUCAUGGCACAUCUUUCCAAAAGACAGCCACAUUCGACAGCUGUGGAUCCAGGCCAUUGUAGAGAAGACAGUGUUACCUCAGAGCUGGGAGCCUAAGCCUAGCUACAAGGUCUGUGGUUGCCACUUCAAUCCAAGUUCCCCAAUUCCUUGAGCCAGGCACAUUUUCUGUGGUCACCAACAAAGCUGUAGAAAGUCCCACUGAGGUCAUUGCCGCUGCGGCAGAGCCAAUGUCCCCGGUGCCAGCCUUGAGUGUGAGCAGCACCACAACUAACGACUCAGUCGGUCUGCUUUGGGACUCCGUGAGCUUUCCAACGUGUGUUUCGCACGAAAUAACCAUGGAGUGUGAGGAUACAUCUUCAAGAGCUUCUGGUGUUGAGGAACAGAGCACAAGACUGCUGUGGGACUCCAUGGACUUUCCCAUGCCUGUUUCACUUGAAAUGACAAGGUGUGAAGAUGUGCCCUCAAGAGCUCCUGGUGCUGGGGAACACGACUCGGAAGAGCAUGGUACAGAGCCUCGAUCAUCCACCCCUGUUGGACAAGACGGUACAGCUCCUCAUUCAGAAGAAUGUCAACAUCCUGUGAAGAAGCAAGGUGGUCGGGAAACGGUGAAGCAAGUUGAGCAAUGUGUUCACCAAAGAAAGGUUGCAACACUUGAAGGCACGAUCGAGCAGCAAAAGCGUCACAUCGUGAGGCUCCAGGAAAGCCUGGCAAAGGAGCGUAAUGGUCACGAACAGAGGGUUCAAGAGCUCCUCAAAGAAAACGAGCAGCACAAGCUGCGUAUCUGCCACCUCGAAGGCAGGCUUGCAGAAGGCGUGAAGCAGACCUCUGAGAAAACAAAUGUGUCGUUCACCGUGCAGCUCAUGUCGGACGUUGAAAGGCUCCGGUUCUACACGGGCUUCAGCUCUGUUGAACGAUUUCAGCGUUUUGUUGAGUUUGUGUCUGAUGGAUACAAGGUGCACAAGGAGGGCCAAACCGGAAAGGGUAGGCCACCGACAUUUUCAGUUGAGGAUCAGCUGAUCCUCGUUCUCAGUCGUUUGCGACUAGGGCUGCUUGAAAAGGACCUGGCUUAUCGUUAUCAGGUUAGCCUGAGCACCAUCAGCAGGUUAUGUACCUUUUGGGUCCAGUUUCUAGCCGACUAUCUAGAGUGCACCCCCGUCUGGCCUUCCCGACAAGUAGUCGAUGAAUGCAUGCCUUCGGUAUUUAAGGAACUUUAUCCCACCACACGUGUCAUUUUGGAUUGUACAGAGUUGUACAUUGAAGCCCCCAGUGAUUUCCGCACACAGAGCGAUACUUUCUCAGCAUACAAAUCGCACAAUACAGCAAAGGGGUUAUUAGGAAUUUCACCGAACGGAUUUGUCAGCUUUGUCAGUGACCUGGCUCCGGGAAGGAUGUCUGACAAGAUGCUGAUGCAGAACAGCGGACUUUACCGUCUCCUGGAAGCAGGAGAUUCUGUUAUGGCCGAUAGAGGUUUCCUAAUUGAGGAAGAGCUGAAGGAGCGGAAUGUUGAGUUAAACAUUCCACCUUUCCUCAGCGGAAAACCCCAACUGUCCUGAGAGGACGAAAUGAAAACACGGAAAAUUGCUAAAGUUCGGGUGCAUGUGGAGCGAGUUAUUGCUCAAGUGAAGUCAUUCACAAUUCUAAAGUUUGUUUUUCGCAAUUCCAUGUCCCAGUUGCUAAACCCCACCUGGAAAGUAUGCACGUUGCUGUGCAAUUUUACUUCCGACCCACUUCUCGAUAGGUCUGAGGACUUGCGCUAACCCGAUUCCGGCUUGUGCAGUCAAAAUGUUGGCACCGAUGUCUUUUUCAUUGUGUAUUUUCCCAAGUUUUAUGUAGAUAAUUGGCUUCUUUUGUUAUUGCUUGAUACACAA